CCGGGCGAAAGGCGAACUGCCAGGGUUCGCGCAGCAGUUCAGGGAGGAACUGAGCGUGCUUCACUGUUUCCUGUGGAAAUCCCGAAGCCAUUCAGCUCCUCCUCCCCAUGCGCGUUUUGGGGGCUGGGGACUGACUGACUGAGGAGGAGCAGAGCUUCGGCUUGCUGUCGCUUCUGCCAUCUGCGCCUGCCUCCGCCUCGGCGUCUUCUGCCUUCCCGCUGCCCGCGGCCUCCUCUCGUCACCAUGCCCCGGCAGAAGCAGCAGCAACAGCAGCAGCAGCAGAGGCGGCGUUCGUAGCCCGCCGGCGGACCACCUGCCUUCCCUCCUUCCCCGGGCGCGCGUCCCUUUCCAUCCUCCCGGCGGGGGAGGCUCCUGCGGCGCUUCUUCAAUGGGCAGUUUGCUGAGCGGGGUCAGCUUCAAGGAGCCCACCACGGUGGAGGACUGCGAUUCUACGUGGGAGACGGACUCGGAGCCAGAGCUCCAGGAGCAGGGGGAAGGAGAAGAAGGGCAGCCGCUCGAGGGGCUGGGGGGCGGCGGCGGCGAAGAGGACCCCGCUGAGGAGGAACCCCAGCAGCAGCAACAAGGGGAACCGCUCCCUGCGGCAAGCGCCCGGCCGGAAGAUACUGAGCAGCGGGAAGAGGUGGAGGGGGCGGUGGAAGAAGAGCUAGAACGGAGGGAGGAGGACGGCGAAGUCUGCGAGGAAGGAGGAGGGCGGGAAGAAGGAGAAGCUGUCAACACCGACACUGAUCAGGGGGAUGAUGCAAUUGAAGUGACAGCUAAACCAAAGAGAAGCUUUUAUGCUGCAAGAGAUUUAUACAAAUAUCGGCACCAAUAUCCACAGAACUUCAAAGAUCUACGAUAUCAGAAUGACUUGUGCAACCUCCGCUUUUACAAGAAUAAAAUUCCCUUUAAACCUGAUGGUGUUUAUAUUGAAGAAUUUCUAAAUAAGUGGAAAGGAGACUAUGAAAAGUUGGAGCACAACCACACAUACAUACAGUGGCUUUUUCCUUUAAGAGAACAAGGACUGAAUUUCUAUGCAAAGGAAUUAACAACAUAUGAAAUAGAGGAAUUCAAAAAAACAAAAGAAGCAAUCAGAAGAUUUCUGUUGGCUUACAAAAUGAUGUUAGAGUUUUUUGGAAUAAAAUUAAUUGAUAAAACUGGGAAUGUGACACGAGCUUCUAACUGGCAAGAGAGAUUCCAGCACUUGAACGAGUCUCAACAUAACUACUUGAGAAUCACUCGUAUUCUCAAGAGUCUUGGUGAACUUGGAUAUGAGAGUUUCAAACCUCCCCUUGUAAAAUUUAUUCUCCAUGAAGCUCUUGUGGAAGAUACCAUCCCCAACAUAAAGCAAAGUGCUUUGGAAUAUUUUGUAUAUACCAUCAGAGACCGAAGAGAAAGAAGAAAACUUCUACGAUUUGCCCAGCAACAUUAUACACCUGCUGAUCAUUUCAUAUGGGGUCCACCAAGGAAACAGAAGUGUGAAGGAAGCAAACCGAGUAAGAAGCUGGCAUCUCCAGUUUCUCUUCGCAACAGCUGUACUUCUAAACAUAAGAAAAGAGACUCCAAGAAUGCAUCUGCAGUUUCUAACUCAAGCGGGAAACCAACUGAUGAGAAAAGAACAGGACUUAAUAAAAACGAAGAGGAUCACACUAGGAAACGCAGCAGCUCUGAGGCUACUAAGCAGUGCAAUGGUGAAAAGAAUAGUGACCUUGAAUGUCAUAACUCCAAACUGGAAGGAACUUCAGACCAAAAGGAAAAUAUUUCCAGUUUCAAAAAACAUAAAGGUAAAAAUGAUGAAAAUCUGAACCAAGACUGUAGAAAUCCUGACAUUGUAGAAAAAGAUUCUUGCGAUAGUCAUUGUGAUCCACCUGAUACGUCAACUGAUCUGCAAGACAGUGUGGGUAAGGAUAAAAAUCCAGUGGGAUCAAACUCAAAAAGCAAAGAGGAAACUCCAGCAUUAAUUCAGACAUCCCAAUAAACCUGGUCUCCACUCAACUUGACAAAAUGGUUGAUUCUUUUCACUUCUAUGAAAUUUGAUGAGAGAGAGAGCAUCUUGGUUCUAGGCCUAACGCCAAAUCUAUCAGUUUAGGCUUUGUGAAGUUUUAUGGCUUCUUUUACUUGACUUGGUUUGAGUUUUCGAAAGGGAUGUGAAUUGGUAAAAAACUACAU